AUGGGGUUUCUAUCGCGACCACGGGUUCCAGCUGAAAGUCAAGAUGAUCCAAAAACCUUCCCGUCCGGUAUCAAACUGCUCUACGGCCCAGAUGAUGGGAAUGUUGACAUCAUCUUCAUCCACGGCCUUACCGGUGAUCGCGAUGCGACGUGGACUGCCCGUGACGCGACCGACCCCUGGCCCAAAACUCUCCUGCCACCUAUAAUUCCGACAGCCCGCGUCCUUGCAUUUGGAUACGAUGCAAAUGUGGCCGAUUGGAAAGGAGUUGUGUCGCAAAGUCGUAUCGCCAACCACGCCUGGAAUCUGCUAACAGCUCUCUCAACGUAUCGAGAGAACGACGGCACGAAUGAACGACCGAUCAUAUUUGUCUGCCAUAGCUUAGGAGGAUUGGUCUGUGAGGAUGCCUUGUUCACAUCGAACCAACGACCGGAGCGACACCUGCGUGAUAUCCUUCAUUCUACCCGCGGUAUUAUCUUUCUUGGCACACCACACCAUGGAGCUGGACUUGCCAGAUGGGCCGAGGCCUUGUCCAGAUCCAUCGGCCUCGUCAAAAAGACGAAUUCUGAGAUAGUCGGUGUCCUCAAACGCGAUUCCGAGGUGCUUGCUCGGAUUCAAGACGGCUUUCACACCAUGGUCAAGGCACGAAGCACACAAAGUCUGCCGCCAAUUGAAAUCACUUGCUUCUACGAGGAGAUGCCUUUGCCGGGUGUUGGUUUGGUCGUGCCACAGGACUCGGCGAUCCUGCCAGGCUACAUCCCCAUCGGAAUCCACGGAAACCAUAUGGAUAUGACCAAAUUCGCCGGUUCCACUGACCCCGGGCUUCUGGCUGUUUGUGGAGAGAUGAGACGGUGGAUUAAAGACCUAACGACAGGGAACAAAUACCACACGAAUCAACCACGGACACAUUCUGCUCUUGAUAGGCAGCCCGGCUCCGCCAACCAGUCCGGUGAAAACAAUCGUCAGUACAAUAGCUUCGGGGGCACGCAGAAAAUUGCGGACGGUAAUUAUUAUGAGUCUAAGGGGGAUCAGCAUUUCGGUACAGUCUCCCCGAAAAGAGUCCACGGAGAGAAAGGCGGUAUAGGUACUUGGGCUGAGCGAAGAUUAACAUGGAGAGUAGUACAAAAUGUUUUGCAAGCCGAGAAAAUUGAGAACUCCUAUCGCAGGAUCCCCUUCCCCCGAAACGAAGAUAUUGUCGACCGCACUGAUAUUGUCACCAAGCUCGACGCCCUCUUUCAGUCCCCUAAAUCCCAUAGCGCUGCCCUCUGGGGCCUCGGCGGAUCCGGGAAAACGCAGGUAGCGCUCGAAUUUGCCUGGCGCCAAAGUGAGGACAAAAAGGGUGCGUGCUCCGUUUUUUGGGUCCACGCCGAUACCCAGGCAACGUUCGCACAGGACUAUAAGGAUAUCGCAGGGAAGCUAGGCCUCCCAGAUGAUCUCGACGGCGAAAAGCUACUCACGGCAGUACGCGACUGCAUCGAGAGCCAGCCGCGAUGGCUGCUUGUUCUUGAUAAUGCCGACGACCUGGCAGUCUUCGGCGUCCGCCCGGCAGGGGGAUCGGCGGGGGAAUCGCCAAGCCUAUACACCUACGUACCGCAAGGAGCGAGCGGGACGCUACUGUGGACGAGCCGCGACAAACGGAUCGUUGGCACCCUCGUCGGCGCGCAGCGUGGUAUCCAGGUCGGCCGUAUGACUACUGAUGAGUCAAUAUGUCUCCUUGGGAAAUUGAAGAACGGCGAAGGCGAAGUUAGCAGUGGAGAGGAAAGCGACGCAAGGAAAUUGCUUGAAGAGCUCCAGUGGCUACCGCUAGCUAUCUCACAGGCCAGUGCAUAUAUGAUGCGGACAUCAAUGCCAAUACCGCAAUAUCUAUCUCGACUGUUAGCAGGACAGGAGCGAUGGCGAGUCCUCAAAGCGGAGCACUUCGAUCGGCACCGACGGCCUGAUGUUCCGAACAGUGUUUUGGAGACGUGGAGCAUAUCCGUCGAGCGCAUCCGUCAAGACGACGAAAUGGCAUAUAGGAUCCUCCAUGUCAUUGCGUAUGUCAACAGCCAAAACAUCCCGAUCGAGAUCAUGGCGGCAGUUCAUACGCUGGGCAACGAGAGACAGGAGCCUCGAUCAUGUGAGAGCCAAGAUCGGGUCAUGGAAGCUAUCACACGGCUAAGGGAAUUUUCAUUCCUCGGCAUACGUGAGGUAGAAGGGGGUGUGCAGCAGUACGAGAUGCAUAAGCUUGUGCAAGAGGCUACACGAUACGGACUCAGUGUGAGGAGUGUGGAAGACGCGACAUACUUCUCGAAUACGGCGCUACAGAUUGUGACAAGGCUCUUUCCUACGCCGCAGCCAGAGACGUGGCGGGAAUGCGAGAAGUACGUUACCCAUGCGGUGGAAGUGGGCAAGUGGGCGGAGGUCUGCGAGAGGAGCAGAGAGGUAUCAGACCUAUUGACCCAAGUUUCGCACUAUUAUUUCGACUGUGGCAGGUGGAUGGAUAAGCAGCUAGUCGAUGAGAGGGCGUACGAACUGCGGCAGCAGGUGUUCGGCGAUAAAGACCCUGAUACGAUCGGGAGUUUAGAAAACCUUGCACUCACAUACCACGCACAGGGCUGGUAUAGUGAGGCUGAGCUGUUACAGGUUAAGGCCUUAGAGCUAUGGCAGGAGGUGCUCGGCGAUAAACACCCCUAUACGAUCAGGGCUUUAGCAAACCUUGCGGUCAGCUACCAUGCACAGGGCCGGUAUAGUGAGGCUGAACCGUUACAGGUUAAGGCCUUAGAGCUACGGCAGGAGGUGCUUGGCGAUAAACACCCCGAUACGAUGUAUAGUUUAGCAAGCCUCGCGGCCACCUACCACGCACAGGGCCGGUAUAGGGAGGCUGAGCCGUUACAGGUUAAAGCCUUAGAGCUACGGCAGGAGGUGCUUGGCGAUAAACACCCCGAUACGAUCUGGAAUUUAGCAAACCUUGCGGUCAGCUACCAUGCACAGGGCCGGUAUAGUGAGGCUGAACCGUUACAGGUUACGGCCUUAGAGCUACGGCAGGAGGUGCUUGGCGAUAAACACCCCGAUACGAUCUGGAAUUUAGCAAACCUUGCGGUCACCUACCAUGCACAGGGCCGGUAUAGUGAGGCUGAACCGUUACAGGUUAAGGCCUUAGAGCUACGGCAGGAGGUGCUUGGCGAUAAACACCCCCAUACGAUCUGGAAUUUAGCAAACCUUGCGGUCAGCUACCACGCACAGGGCCGGUAUAGUGAGGCUGAGCCGUUACAGGUUAAAGCCUUAGAGCUACAGCAGGAGGUGCUCGGCGAUAAACACCCCCAUACGAUCCGGAGUUUAGCACACCUUGCAGUCACCUACCACGAACAGGGCCGGUAUAGUGAGGCUGAGCCGUUACAGGUUAAGGCCUUAGAGCUACGGCAGGAGGUGCUCGGCGAUAAACAUCCCGAGACGAUGUAUAGUUUAGCAAACCUUGCAGUCACCUACCACAAACAGGGCCGGUAUAGUGAGGCUGAGCCGUUACAGGUUAAGGCCUUAGAGCUACGGCAGGAGGUGCUCGGCGAUAAACAUCCCGAGACGAUGUAUAGUUUAGCAAGCCUCGCGGCCACCUACCACGCACAGGGCCGGUAUAGGGAGGCUGAGCCGUUACAGGUUAAAGCCUUAGAGCUACAGCAGGAGGUGCUCGGUGAUAAACAUCCCGAUACGAUCUGGAGUUUAGAAAACCUUGCCGCCACUUACGAUGAGAUGGGCUGCUAUAGGGAGGCUGAGAAUAUGCGGGCAAAGGCCUCGGAGCUGCAGGUGCAGGAGCUCGGCGACAAAACCCCCGAUACAAUUUAG